UCCCCCCUAUACUUAUACUCCUGUCUUCAACCAUACACCUGUAGUCGCGGUUUUUCGCGUCUGACUCGCGGGAGCAGUACGGCCACAUUUAUGGGGGUGUCCGGAGAGUGCGCGGUCAAGGGCAGCAAAAGCAGCCACCCCUGUCACUGCUGCUGCGGCAGUUCCAACGCGAGCGUGCAACAGUCGCAGCAGCAGGAGCAACAACCCUACGAGCCGUAUCACCAUCAUCACCAUCAGCACCAUCAUCAUCACCAUCAUCAUCACCAUCACGGCAAGCACGCACCGCCAAGCGCGUCGCCGCAGCACAACAACAGCGGCGACAACAACAUCCUGGCACCGUUGCGCAGCAAGAUGAAAGUGCUCAAGAAGCUCAAGCGCAAGAUGGGUCUAGCUCCCAGAUCCUCGAACGCGGGCACCAACAACUUGCCACCGUUGACGUUUCACCACGUGCACGGUGACAAUAUCAGGCUAUGCAAUGGCGGUACGAUCGCUCGAAGGCAUGAGAGCUUUUGCAAAGGUGUCACCUUUAGCGCCAGACCCGUGCGAGUAGGCGAGAAGGUCUGCGUGAAGUUCCUGGAGAUUUCCGACAAUUGGAGCGGCGUGAUCCGUUUUGGUUUUACCAGCAACGACCCGAUCAAUCUCCGGAGCGGUUUACCGAGGUACGCGUGCCCAGAUUUGACGAAUAAGCCAGGCUACUGGGCUAAAGCGCUCGCCGAAAGGUUCGCGGAGAGAGAUACAGUACUCUUCUAUUACGUUACAUCGGCUGGCGAUGUGCACUUUGGUGUCAAUGGGGAGGAGAAGGGUCUCUUCUUCAGCGGCGUUGAGACCCGGGGCCCGCUUUGGGCGAUCAUCGACGUCUACGGCAACAGCACCGCGAUCGAAUUUGUUGAUCCGAAUCGUCAGCAUUUCAACAACAUACGUAGAGGCGCCGAGCAUAGCAACGAGGACAAUGCGCAGCAUAGCAGGCACUCUGCUAUGGACGACGCCAGCAACGCCGGUCGAGAUGUCGAAAGGAUCAUCGUACCGACUAUGCAGAACAUGUCGAUUCAUCACGAGCCUGACGUGGAGCUACCCGGUCUCAGGUUUCAACCCCCUGGCGUCCUUUUCACACCUCUGCCUUUCCACUCGACUCGGGGUAGGAACAUCCGCUUCAGCAACCAGCAGUGCGUGGCGACGCGCACGGACACGGAAUUCUGUCACGGCUACGCGUUCACGAGUCGGCCGUUGCUGUUGGGCGAGCGAUUGGUCGUGCAGAUUCUCUCGACGGAGCCGAUGUACGUUGGUGCUUUAGCCCUCGGUUUGACUUCGUGCGACCCGGCGCGGCUCACGGCAGAAGAUUUGCCGGACGAUAGCGACCUGUUGUUAGAUCGUCCUGAAUACUGGGUGGUCUCCAAAGACGUGGCGUCGAGUCCGCAGCCAGGUGAUGAAAUUGCCUUCACGGUUACGCAUUACGGCGAGGUGCAGAUGAGUAAGAAUGGUGGCGCGCCCAACGUCGUCAUGCACGUCGAUCAGAGCCUUCAACUGUGGGCGUUCGUGGACGCGUAUGGAAGCACUCAACGUGUCAGAAUGUUGGCCAGUAGACCAACCUCACCGCCCCGGCAACGUCCGAGCAAUCCCUCACCUGCCAAUGUCAUUCAACAGCAGCAGCAGCAGCAACAGCAACAACAGCAGCAACUUUCGAAUCAUAGCAACGCCGCCACGGAAUUGUCUAGAUUUUCUGAGAUGGUACAGUUUAAACCGGCAGUGGGUGGCGGAACAGUGCUCGUUGUGAAUCUACCGCCUCAAGCUGGUUAUCCGACACCACCGCCGCCUACGCCACAGCCGAUUUAUGCUUCCGCGACGCACAGAAAUCCAUCGACGCAGCCGGUGCAUCUCUCAGCGGCGGCGACGGCAGCCGUGCCUGCGCCAGUCCCACAUCCUGGAUCCUCCAGGCAAUCCUCGCCACCGUUGACUGGAACAAUGGCCAGCACCGGCUCGUCGACGUACGUCGACCCGGUGACCUACCAGAGUCUGGACGGUACCCUGACGUCGUCGCGCGCGGCCUCGUCCCAUUUGCAUCAAUGGGGCGAGGGCCUGCAGCCGACGCUAAGCGAGUGUUCCAUCUGCUACGAGCGCAGCAUCGAUAGUGUGCUCUACAUGUGCGGUCACAUGUGUAUGUGCUAUACCUGUGCGAUUCAACAAUGGCGUGGCAAGGGUGGCGGUCACUGCCCGCUUUGCCGGGCGCCAAUCCGCGACGUCAUCCGUAUCUACCGAUCUUGAACAAUUCGGGAGUGACCGAAAGAGAUAAAAAAAAAGAGUGCGCAGACGUCUUCCUGGUUCCCAGCGUCGUCGUCGCCGCCAUCACCGCGUCCACCACCGUGCUUCCGUCGUCUUGGUUUCCUUCCGCGUCGAAUCCGUCGCGCUUCAUCGCCAUCACGCUUCUCGCCCCACCUUCGUGAUUACCGGAACGAACGAACACAAAAUCGAAACGAAACUCGCUACCUUCACACUGCCGUAUCUCUUUUUCUAUUGAAAUGCAAGGCACGUUCCGGCAAUAAAAUCGAAGAACGAGCAUUUCCCAUGGGAUCUUUUCGGGAACUACGAAGUGCUGAAUCGAAUAUUUAACUCCGUUAAUUAAUAUUUAAGGCAGUUUGCGUCGUGUUAACGUAAUCGCGUCAUUGUCAAUUAACACGUUAAUGGGUGGACCAUCGCAUCAUGCACAAAGAAAGCAGCGGUGCUUUCGAAAUCGCGAUCACUGCCACCACUAUCAGUCGAGCGAGAACGCGUAGAUGAUUUGCCCCGGAUACGAACAACAGAAAGAGAGAAAGAGGGGGAGAAAGUGAGAGAGAGAAUGAGAGCGAUAAAAGGCUGUAAUGUUGAUUGAAUUUGCUUGUAUAUCGAUAUUUUUUUGUCUGCUAAUCUGUAAAUGAGCGAAACGUGAAUGACUGAGAACUAUGCGAUUGUGUCAUCGAUAAAAAGAAAUCGAUCCUAGAUAUUUUCACAUGCGACAUAAUCGUCAUUAUACCAUUAGCAAUUACUACUAUCACUCUGAACUAUUGCUAUUCUAU